GUAAGAUUCGUACCCAUGGAGCCACAUGGAAACUUUGUACGAAUACGUAUCUUGUAACCUAGCAAUAACAGUAUUUGCUAGAAACGAGUCGAGUCGAAGACCCUGAUUGCAUACAUAUGUAUGUGUAUGUACGUAAGAAUACGAAAACGAGCCGAAUAAUAUUAAAAACAACCCUCCGCCCUGAUUCUUGAUAUUUUUUCCUCUUGCAGUUUCAGCUCAUUGACUAUUCGCUAGUUGAGGGUGUACUCUUUUCCUUUUACUUUUUCCUCUUUCGUCCCCCAUUGAAGCUCUAACCGUUAAUAGGAGUUUCCUUUUUCCCUAAUCACAUUUUUAAUCCCCAUAACCUUAUUCCUUAAUAACUUGGACCUAAAAAGCUUACAAACAAAGGCUUGAUACCUGUGUCAUAUCCUUGUGCGCACGACAUCUCGGAAUAAAAAAAGGAAAAGAAGAAGCAAUAUCGAGAAGAAAUUGGGGAAGGGAGGAACUUUAGAGUUCAGAAAGCAACUCGUGAUCGUUGACGGGUGGUGAUUGGUUAGAAGCUUAGGUGGUUCAGGGUAUAACCCCCCUGCUUCUCUCAACAUGUCCUUCGUGGGCAACCCCUUUACCAACUACGAUCGAACUGCACAAACAUCAGGAGCACCCCCAAUGGCGUAUUCGCAUACCGAGGAAACUGGUGACGAGAAAGGAACGACAACAGCAUCUCACAUAUCUCAUAACGAUGUAGAGAAAGAUGACACUGCUGGCUCCAGCAAUGCCACCCAGGUGGAGGAUGAUUCCGAGUUGGAACGGCGCGAAUCUAUUGUACACGAACUUGCCCGCAGGUAUACCACACAGUCCAAUGCAACUGGAGCCACCGGACGGAACCCUUACUUGGAUGUUGCCAAGGACUCUCCGCUCAAUCCUCACUCUCCUAGCUUCAACGCCCGUGCUUGGGCUAAGGCUGUCGUCAAUGUGGCCGAUCGUGAGGGUCAGCAAUUCCGAACGGCUGGGGUUUGCUUCCAGAAUCUCAACGUUCAUGGCUUUGGAGCUGCUACCGACUAUCAGAAGGACGUUGCCAACAUCUGGCUGGAAACGGCUGGGCUCGUCCGCAAGGCCAUGGGACGAGGUCAGACUAAAAUUGACAUUCUUCGCAAUUUCGACGGUGUGGUUCAAAAGGGUGAGAUGAUGGUGGUAUUAGGGCCUCCUGGGUCUGGUUGUUCGACGUUUCUGAAGACCAUUGCCGGCGAGACUAACGGUAUUUACGUCGAGAAUGACUCGUAUUUCAACUACCAAGGUUUGACUUCCCAGGAGAUGCAUAGUCAUCAUCGUGGAGAGGCCAUCUACACUGCCGAAGUCGAUGUCCACUUCCCCAUGUUAACGGUCGGGGAUACGUUAACGUUCGCGGCCAAAGCGAGGGCUCCGCGUCACCUUCCUCCGGGGGUUGACAAGACGACCUACGCUACCCAUCUCAGGGAUGUUACGAUGGCAAUGUUUGGUAUUUCUCAUACGGUGAACACGCGUGUCGGCAACGAGUACGUGCGUGGCGUGUCCGGAGGUGAACGGAAACGUGUAACCAUUUCCGAGGCUGCUUUGAGUCGUGCUCCUCUCCAAUGUUGGGACAACAGCACGAGAGGCCUCGACAGCGCCAACGCUGUGGAGUUCUGUAAGACGCUCCGUACCCAGACUGAACUUUUUGGGACUACCGCGUGUGUCUCUAUUUACCAAGCGCCCCAAACGGCCUACGAUUUCUUCGACAAGGCCCUCGUCUUAUAUGAGGGUCGCCAAAUUUUCUUUGGCAGAGCCGAUGAAGCGAAGCAAUACUUUGUAAACCUCGGUUUUGAGUGCCCUGCCCGUCAAACCACGCCCGAUUUCCUGACCUCGAUGACAAGUCCCACCGAGCGCGUUGUCCGACCUGGGUUUGAGGGCAGGGCUCCGCGAACCCCUGACGAGUUUGCGUCGGCUUGGAAGAAUAGUGCCGAGUAUACGGCGCUCCAAGCUGAGAUUGAGGAAUACAAGACUGAACAUCCUCUCAACGGCCCGGAUGCUGAAGCGUUUCGUGCUUCAAGAAGAGCGCAGCAGGCCGUAUCGCAACGACCGGCAUCGCCAUAUACGUUGUCCUACUGGCAACAAAUUCAGCUUUGUCUUUGGCGUGGAUGGCAACGGCUUACGGGAGACCCGAGCUUGACAAUCGGCUCUUUAGUCGGAAACUUCGUUAUGUCUCUGAUUAUCGGAAGUGUGUUCUACAACCUUCAAGACAAUUCCUCUAGUUUCUAUCAGCGGGGUGCCUUGUUAUUCUUCGCCUGCCUGAUGAACGCAUUCUCUAGCGCCUUGGAAAUUCUCACACUCUAUGCGCAACGACCGAUCGUGGAAAAGCACAGUCGAUAUGCUCUGUAUCACCCUUCGGCGGAGGCCGUCGCUUCCAUGCUGGUCGACAUGCCGUACAAAGUCGUCAACUCCAUCGUGUUCAAUAUCAGUCUGUACUUCAUGACUAAUUUACGGCGUGAGCCGGGAGCUUUCUUCUUCUUCUUGCUCAUCACAUUCUUCACUGUCAUGGUUAUGAGUAUGAUCUUCCGAACCAUCGCUUCUGCUUCUCGCACACUAUCGCAAGCUAUGGUCCCGGCUGCCCUUUUGAUUCUCGACCUAGUCAUUUUCACCGGUUUCGUCAUCCCUAUCGACUAUAUGCUGAAGUGGUGCCGUUGGUUGAACUAUUUGGACCCUCUCGCGUAUGCUUUCGAGUCCCUCAUGGUGAAUGAAUUCCAUGGCCGUGAGUUUAGGUGCAAUUCAUACGUACCCAGCCCCGCUGUUCCUGGAUAUGCGGAUGUCGGCCCUACGAACCAUGCCUGCAGUGCUGCUGGAAGUGUUGCCGGAAGAGACACUGUGAACGGCGAUGCAUACAUAAACAGCGCAUUCAGGUAUUACAAUGAACAUCGCUGGCGAAACUUUGGCAUUUUGAUUGGCUUCAUGAUUGGCUUCCUCAUCACCUACAUGGUCGCUGCGGAGCUCGUAUCCGAAAAGAAGUCAAAGGGUGAGGUAUUGGUCUUCCGACGUGGCCACAGACCUGCCCAAUUUAAGGAGAAGAGGGGUGAUGUUGAAGAAGGUGACGGCCCUCGCGUUGGUCCUAGUGUAACGAAUGCUAGCCGUGUUAAUGGCAACGGCAAGGAAGCCGGCGCUAUCCAGGAGCAAUCUAGUGUUUUCCAUUGGAAAGAUGUUUGCUACGAUAUUAAGAUCAAAGGCGAGCCUCGCCGUAUCCUGGACCAUGUGGACGGUUGGGUAAAGCCUGGUACUUUGACAGCUCUGAUGGGUGUUUCUGGUGCUGGCAAGACGACUCUUCUGGAUACCCUCGCUGAUCGAAUCACCAUGGGCGUUAUCACUGGUGAGAUGCUUGUCGAUGGACACCUCCGCGACAAUUCGUUCCAGAGAAAGACGGGUUAUGUUCAGCAGCAGGAUCUCCAUCUGUCAACCACCACCGUCCGCGAGGCUCUCAACUUUUCUGCUCUUCUCCGCCAGCCAGCCGACGUCCCGCGCGCCGAGAAGCUCGCCUACGUUGAUGAGGUGAUUAAGCUUCUGGAUAUGGAAGAAUACGCGGACGCAGUUGUCGGCGUUCUCGGCGAAGGUCUCAACGUCGAACAACGCAAACGUCUCACUAUUGGGGUGGAGCUCGCAGCUAAGCCUCCUCUACUUCUCUUCGUAGACGAGCCUACUUCCGGUCUUGAUUCUCAAACUUCCUGGGCCAUCCUAGAUCUACUAGAGAAACUCACCAAGAGCGGGCAGGCCAUUCUUUGCACCAUCCACCAGCCCUCGGCCAUGUUGUUUCAGCGUUUUGAUCGACUGCUCUUCCUCGCUAAAGGUGGCAAGACCGUCUACUUCGGCGAUAUUGGUGAUAACUCUAAGACUCUGACUAACUAUUUCGAACGACAUGGAGCUCCUCCCUGCCCUCCCGAGGCUAACCCUGCCGAAUGGAUGUUGGAUGCCAUCGGCGCUGCGCCGGGUAGCGUGUCCGAUAUCGAUUGGUUCCAGACUUGGCGCGACAGCACUGAAUACGCAGAGGUGCAGUCCGAGUUACAAGCUCUGAAGGAUGGCGCGUCGAGCCACCCUCCCUCCGAGCACGACCAAUCCUACCGUGAGCACGCCGCUAACUUCCCGACUCAGCUUUGGGCUGUCACGCACCGCGUGUUCCAGCAGUACUGGCGGACGCCGUCUUACAUUUAUUCCAAGGCCGCGCUAUGUGUUCUGAUUGCCCUCUUCAUCGGGUUUGUCUUCUUCAACGCGCCAAACACUAUCCAAGGCCUUCAGAACCAAAUGUUCGCUAUCUUCAACCUCUUAACUGUUUUCGGUCAGCUUGUUCAACAGACGAUGCCUCAUUUCGUUAUCCAGAGAUCAUUAUACGAAGUCCGCGAGCGUCCUUCGAAGGUUUACGGCUGGAAGGUGUUUAUGCUGUCGCAGAUUAUCGUCGAGUUGCCCUGGAAUACCCUCAUGGCCGUGCUGAUGUUCUUCUGCUGGUACUACCCUGUUGGUCUCUAUAACAACACUCUCGAAUUGGGUCAAACUACGGAGCGUGGUGCUCUUAUGUUCUUGCUCUUCUGGGCCUUCAUGCUGUUCACGUCAACAUUCACCGACAUGAUUAUCGCUGGCUUCGAGACUGCCGAAGCUGGUGGUAACAUCGCCAACUUGUUAUUCAUGCUGUGUCUGAUCUUCUGUGGUGUCCUCGCCAGCCCGAGCAGCUUCCCAAGAUUUUGGAUUUUCAUGUAUCGCGUCAGUCCGUUCUCGUACCUGGUGUCCGCUAUGUUAUCUGUGGCGCUCGCCAACACUCACGUGCAGUGCGCUGCCAACGAGUACGUGCACUUCGACCCGCCUGGGAACAUGACCUGCUUGGAGUACCUCGACCCCUAUAAGAACUUGACGGGAGGGUAUAUCGAGGCUGGCACCGAGAAUCGACUGAGCGAUUGCAGUUUUUGCACUACUUACGAGACGAACACCUAUCUCGCCCAGGCCAAUUCGUACUAUAGUGAACGGUGGCGCAACUUCGGUAUCUUCUGGGCUUACAUCGUAUUCAAUAUCUUCGGCGCUCUGUUCAUGUACUGGCUCGCACGCGUCCCCAAGGGGAAGAAGAAGGAAGACAAAGCAAAAAAGGAGUAAAAGCAAGAAAAGCAACUAUGAUCUAUUGAGACGUCGCUGCAUACUCCCCUUCAUCACUUCGUUUCAACAUUGACAUCUACAUUCA